GCGGGGCCGGCGGCGCUGUCGCAGUGAGCGGCGGCGGAGGCGGGCAGGCACCGGGCAGCGCGGCCGGCGCGGCCCCUUCCCCUCCAGGGAGGGGGGGGGGGAAGGAGGAGGAGGAGGAGGAGGGCGGAGUGGGGAGGAGGUGGAAAUGGGAGGCAGUUGCCUUCAAUUAGCCCGAUGCGCGUAGCUAGUCCCCUCGCGGGCGCCGGACGGGCAGCAGCGCGGGGCCGCCCGCCCCCCCGGGGAGCCCAGCCGGCCGCCGGCCGCAUCGCGCGCGGCUCUGAGGAGCCCGGGCGGCACCGGGGGAAGAGCGCGGGGCCGCGGGUUCGCCACAGGGAAAUGCUGCAGCAUGAACCCACCGCCUAGAGAGGAGGGCUCGCACCGCCCGCCGCCCGCUCGCUGAAGCCCGCCGCCCGGCUCGCAGCCCGCACCGCGGAGCAGCCCGGCCGCCCGGCCCCGGCGGGAUGCGCUCGCCGCCGCCUUCAUGCCGGGAGGGGGAACCGUGAGCCGCCGCUCCGCGCCCCGCGAGCCUCCGUGCGCGCCGCUGUGCGGGCAGCGGCGGGGCCCCGCGGCGUCGCUGCGCAGCCCCCCCCCGCAGCCCUCCACGUGUCGCCCGGUGAAGGCGCCCGCUCCAGCCGGCGGGGAUCGCUGAGCCCUUCGCUGCGGCGGCCGGCGGCGCCCCGCGGGGCGGCGGCGGCUCCCGCCCGGUGCCCGCGACCCGGUGCCCCAUGGUGCUGCUGCGGAAGGUGCCGGGCAUGCCGGGCUGGCCGGCGGCGCUGGGGCUGCGGCUGCCGCAGAAGUUCCUCUUCCUGCUCUUCCUCUCGGGCCUGCUCACGCUGUGCUUCGGGGCCCUCUUCCUCCUGCCCGAUUCCUCCCGCUUCAAGCGGCUCUUCCUGCCCCGCCGCGCCGCCGCCUCCGCCUCCUCUUCGUCUUCCUCCGCCUCCUCCGCCGCCGCCUCCUCCACCCGCGACACCGACCUGCCCCGCAGCCCCCCCGCCGCCGCCGAGCCCCGCCACGCCAGCCCCGCCGCCCCGCGCCGCCUCAGGGACAAGCUGCGCGCCGCCGCCCGCCUGCCCGGCCCGCCCGCGCACACGGCGCCCGGCUCCCGGCCGCAGGUGCGGGGCGCCGAGCCCGCCAGCGCGGUGCCCGCCGCCGCCCGGGACACGCGAGCCGCGGCCCGCUUCGACUACGAGCGGUUCCGGCAGAGCCUCCGCCACCCGCCGCGGGGCCGGCGGCCCGCCGAGGAGCCCGAGACCCGCGCCCGCAGGAUGAAGGUUAAAGAGAUGAUGAAAUUUGCUUGGGAUAACUACAAACAAUAUGCACUAGGAAAAAAUGAACUGCGACCGCUAACGAAGAAUGGCCACAUCGGUAACAUGUUUGGAGGCCUUCGAGGAGCUACGGUGGUGGAUGCCUUAGAUACUCUGUACAUCAUGGAACUUGAGGAGGAAUUCCAAGAAGCAAAGAAGUGGGUGGAGAGGAGUUUUGACUUGAAUGUGAAUGGAGAAGCAUCCUUGUUUGAGGUGAACAUCCGCUAUAUUGGAGGACUGUUGGCCGCGUACUACUUAACUGGAGAAGAGGUGUUCAAGAGCAAAGCUCUGGAACUUGGAGAGAAACUUUUGCCAGCUUUUAACACCCCUACUGGUAUCCCACGCGGCGUCAUAAAUCUGGGCAGCGGCAUGAGUUGGAGUUGGGGUUGGGCAUCUGCCGGAAGCAGCAUCUUAGCAGAAUUUGGUACCCUGCACUUAGAAUUCCUGCACCUUUCGGAGCUCUCUGGCAACCCGGUGUUUGCAGAAAAGGUGACGAACAUCCGCAAAGUCCUGAACAGAGUUGAGAAGCCGCAGGGCCUAUAUCCAAACUUCCUCAGCCCGGUGACGGGCAACUGGGUGCAGCACCACGUCUCCAUUGGGGGGCUUGGGGACAGCUUUUAUGAAUAUCUCAUCAAAUCUUGGCUGAUGUCAGACAAGAAAGACUCUGAAGCUAAAAAGAUGUAUGACGAUGCACUAGAGGCAAUAGAAAAGCAUUUGGUCAAAAAGUCUGCUGGAGGAUUGACCUACAUAGCUGAAUGGAGGGGUGGCGUCUUGGAUCACAAAAUGGGCCACUUGGCUUGCUUCUCCGGGGGCAUGAUAGCACUUGGAGCCGAACACGCUGGAGAAGGAAGGAAGCAACAUUACAUGGAUCUAGCUGCAGAAAUAACAAACACAUGUCACGAGUCUUAUGCACGCUCAGCACUUACAGAACUGAAACAAGCCAUCCGAACUAAUAACCCUCUGGCUGUGAGUGCCUGGAGCCAAUUUUCACCUUCAGCAAUAUCCAUCAGCAUAGAAAGGACAGUAGCAAGUCUGCCCACAAUGGUUACAGAGCUGUCAUUUCAGCAAGCUCAUUGUUUUGCAGAGAAUGGCUGUGCAUGUCACCCUGGCUGUCAGCAAACAAUACAGCUAGCAAACACCAUAAGCUCCCUGCGCAGACAGGAGGGCCUAGGGAAGGUAUGCAAAAUAUUUAGAGAAAUGAAAUUAAUACCUUAAACACAGCCUUGUGGUGAACACGUGGGUGCUGCAAGAGAAACCUGAUGUGGCAUGAUCACAAGCAACCUCUAUGCUCAGUUUCCCUGUUGCUCAGAUAAGGAGAGAUCCCUGUGUUUUAAGUAGGGAUCUCAGUGCUAGUGGAUACUUGCAAGAGAUUGAGAUCCUCAUGAAAGGGACACUCAAAAAGACCAAGGUACUCUUAAUUUUUUGAUUGUAAAAUAUCAGUGAAACCAGUUCAGCUUUUGCCAUCAUCCUGAUGUCCUCUGUUUCAAAGAGGCUGGUUGUGGAAAAGGCAAAGUAAGUGGUUGCAGGUCCCAGGUACCUCUUCUUACAGCCUCCCUGCUCUGGUCCAGUCAUGCUGGCUCAAUCUGGUAUAUUCACCAAUUGUGAAACAGAGAUGUUCCUGCCUGGGAGCAGCGUACCAAUCUCUCUGUGACGGCGAGGUCAGACGCCUGCCUAGAUUUUCCUUUGAAUGUGUUUUCUCUUUGAGGCUUUAGGACAGGAUCUGCCUCUCUGUUCUUUCUCACUUGGGUCCUGAGGUUAGCUUCAGUGACAAACUCUGCUCUCAGGAUCAGGUGCAGUGCAAUUCCUAGGACCAAAUCCCAGCCCAGCAAAAGUCUUAGGACAUGGGAGAGAUUUGUACCUGGUUCCUCCACACUCAGAUCUGGUCCAAGUAUUUGUUUUGUCAGUGCACAGUAGUGUCAGUAUGCACCCUCAGAAACACUUUAUCCUCACCUAGAUAGUAACCAGAAAUAUCACAGUAUGAGCAAAACCUGGGGAAGGCAGUGAGGAAAGCUCAUGCACUUUGUAGAGUUGCCCAUAUCUUGAUGUGAGCUCUGAGGCUGAUG